GCUGUGCAGGGGCUGGUGCUGUAUAACGCCGCCGCACCAGCGAGAAGAGUCGAAGGCAGGGCAGAUGGUUUGUGUGGACAUUACUGGGAUAGCGGCAGAGUUUUAGGUUGGGAAAUCGGGAGACUGGAGAUAGAGAUGCGUUUUCCAUACAGAAGAGCCACUCUCUACAGGUUUUCCUCUUGAAUCCGGACAAAGACUUCUAUGCCGAAAACUCCCAGCUUUUUAGAUGGCUUAUUUGGAUAGUUGGACAGUCUUUUCAAAUAACGGUCAGAGAAUGAAGUAAAACGCAUUCAUUUUCGAGAGUGUGUACACUUGGAGUGUAUGACUGAUAUGCAAAGAAAUUCCAGAAGCACAAAGUCAGCGUCUUUUCCCUAAAUAGUGUGGUGAUUUGGAGAGCGGAACUUGGAGGUUUGGAAUAACGGUUUCUAAUACCCGGAAUGAUUUUUAGGAAUUGCUUACUCCGUCAAUGAGUGGCUAGUUUGUUGAGUUUUCCUGUCUACGUUUUCAUGCAGCUGUCAUGUUGAUAGCAGGCUGGUGAAGUAGGGUUGGGGUUAUCUGCUCUUCCACUGCUUUAAAACACAACACUAAUGAGUUUGCCUCUAUCUUGCACUCUAUUUUUUACUGCGCUGUACUGUAUUUUUUAUUUACUGAAAACAAAUGUUCUAAAUAGACAUACAGGUCCCAUGUACACUAUUGAAUAUUUCUCACUCUGUCAGAUUUUUCAUUGUAAUUGACAGCUUCCCAUAAUGCGGGGAGCGUUUGUUCUGGGUCUGUUUCUGCUCUGUCUGCUAGCGUGGGCAGGACACGCAGACAAACAGACCCAUCUCAAACAGAUGCCCAUACUCAACAACGGGCGUCUGCAGCCGGGCGCAGCCGGCAGAAAGCGCCCUGUCGGCGGGGGAGGGACCUCCCGCCCUGGACCCAGCUCAGCCUCGGUGCCCACCGGUCUCAGCGCUAUGCGCGGAGAGGACAUGCAGGCAGACCAGGCCUCUGUUCCUCGGGCCAGGACUGGGGCUGGACAAGGCAGAAGAGGUGGAGCGCUGGCAGGGGCAGUAGGGAGGAGGACAGCCGGGCAGCGUGUACCCCUCCAUCCUGUCAUGCUUCAGGAUGAAGGCACUCUCAGGGUGAGGACCAGACAGACCCGCAUACCAAGCAGUGCAGGCUCACCUAACCUCCUGGCGAGUUUUGCAGGGAAAAACCGAAUUCUGGUGAUUUCUGCCCCGCACGACUCAGACGGUUACUACCGGCUAAUGAUGACACUGCUGAAGCCAGACGUGUACUGUGAGCUGGCGGAGCGGCAUGUGCAGCAGAUCGUGAUAUUCCACCAGGAGGGGGAGAUGGGUGGGAAGGUGAGGCGGAUCACCAGAGAGGGGAAGGUGAUGGAGGAACCUUUGGACACAGCGCUCAUCCCCCGCCUCAUGACCUUCCUCAAACUGGAGAAAGGUAAAUUUGGAAUGGUACUUCUGAGGAAAACCCUCCAGGUGGAGGAGAGGUACCCCUAUCCAGUCAGGCUGGAGGCCAUGUACGAGGUCAUCGACAAGGCACCAAUGAGGAAGCUGGAGAAAAUCCGACAGAAGGGAUUCGUCCAGAAGUGUAAAGGGGCGGGAGUAGAGGGCCAGGUGGAGGAGGGGGGUGGAGACCCAGGGACGGUAGUGGAAACAGGUGGACAGGUAGACCCGCCCCCAGAGAGGAAGCCGGUGAGGAAGCCAAUGAGGAGACCCACGACAACCACCACUGUUGCCACAACGACAACGAGGCCGACGACAACUACCACAGCAACAACUACCACAACUAUGCGACCCACAAGGACCACGACAAAAGCCACCACGACAAAAGCCACCACGACAAAAGCCACCACGACAACCACACCAAAACCCACACCAAAACCCACAACAACCACGACUAAAAGGACUACAACGACCACAACUAAACAGACUACAACCACACAACAGACCACCACUGCUACUUCCACCACAACCCAGAGACCCACAAAAGCCCAGACCACUCCUGACUGGCUGCCUUCCCCUAGGACCACAGCUGAGCCAUAUUACUAUAACCGUAGAGACAGGGAGAGGCAGAGGGACAGGGACCCAGCCAAGACCACCCCCUCUGGGGACAACCGAACAGACAAGGAGGGGAAGGACCACAAUGGCCGUCAGCAGGCAGAAGUGCUGCCCACCCAGCACAAACCCACCAAGGGCAAACCGACCAAGAGGAAGAAUGAAAUGGUGUUAAAUAAUGAGUAUGAGGAGAAGUACGAAAAUGGCCGGCCCACCGUCAGCGACCCAGAGACACAGACAGAGGUCAACACAGAGGUCAGCCCAGCCAAGAGGGGCAAGGGAAAACACGACAAUACUGAGAAGAAGAAGAAAAAGAAGAAGAGCAAACCAGACAAGGCCGCCAAGAGGGACAAGGCCGAGAGGAGAGCAGCGAAGGCAGGGAAGGAGGGCAAAAACAACGGAAAGAAGAACGGAAAGAAGGUGUCAAAGAAUCCUGAGAAAGAAGAGUACUACAAACCCACCAAGAAGCCUCCACCUCCUAGGGGAUCCAUGGCUUCCUUCCUGGACUACUUUGAGAACAGGAGAAGACUCGUGAUCAUAACAACCCCCAGUGAGGAGAGCUCUAUGUACCUGCAACAGAAAGAUGAGUACCUGGAGACGGUGUGUGAGAUGGCCAUCAGGAAAGUCUCCAUCAUCACCAUCUUUGGCUCGCUCACCAACUCCACCAUGAAGAUAGAUCACUACCAGCUGGAGAAUGAUAAGCCUAUGAAAGGUCUUCGCCAGGAAGACCUGGUGAACCAGGAUGUGAUUACAGAGCUGAGGAAGGAGUUCAGUAUGACCGUCAACCACUUCUACAUGGUCGUCACUGACACUGACAUGACAUUCAAGCAAUCCUAUGAGGUUCCCAUUGCCAUGAAGGCUGUGUUCGAUUACGUCGACACCUUCACCUCUCGCAUCAGAGAGAUGGAAGAGCAGAAGAGAGAUGGAGUGGCCUGCAAGAAGGAGGACAAACCAAGAUCACUUGAGAACUUCCUCUCCAGGUUCCGUUGGAGGCGUCGCCUGUUUGUAAUUUCCGCCCCCAACGAUGAGGAAUGGUCCUAUCAGCAGCAGCUUCACGCCCUGACCAGCCAAGCCUGCAACCUGGGCCUGAGACACAUCUCCAUCCUGAAGCUGGUCGGCAUGGAGGCAGUGGAUCAGGGAGGAGUCCUAGAGCUCUAUCCAAUCAACGGCAGCGCCACGGUGGAGCGCGAGGGCCUCUCGGCCACCCUGGUCAAAGACAUCCGCAACUACUUCCAGAUCAGCCCAGAGUACUUCUCCAUGCUGCUGGUGGGAAAGGACGGCAACGUCAAGUCGUGGUACCCGAGCCCCAUGUGGUCCAUGGCUAUUAUCUACGACCUGGUGGACUCCAUGCAGCUCCGUAGGCAGGAGAUGGCCAUCCAGCAGUCACUGGGCAUGCGCUGCCCGGAGGACGAGUACGGAGGCUACGGGUACCAUCACCACGGCUACGAGGGUUACCAGGACGGUUAUCACCAGGGAUACGGUUACUAAAGGGGGUGUCAAUAGUCUAUAAGCAAUGAUAUGGUUACUAAGGGGUGUGUUACUUAAUCUCAAAUCAAUCUCUUUUGCCAUUAUCCAUGUAUGCUUCUUGAUGGCCCAUUGUAGAUUCAAAUGGAUCAGAUAGGUGUAAGCAGUAAGGUAUGGCUCUACCUAGCCCCAUGGUAGUCUAGAUGUACUUAGCCACUGGUUUCUAGCCCCAUGGUAGUCUAGAUGUACUUAGCCUCUGGUUUCGGAUCUGUAGGCAUUAAUUAAGAACCCCUAGGGAUAGGGGUUGAUUUCCAAUUGGUCAUGCGUGUGCAUGGGAGAGGGGCAUGAGUAUAACCUUUGUCUCGCCUCUUGAAUGGCGGUUUUCGUUUUCAGGACGUCUAUGGAGGGUUAAAUGGUCUUGGGGUUAGCUCUGUGCUUCCUGGUUCUAGAAUGAAAUAAAGAAGGAUUGGAUAGUGAUGUCAUCAAUCUCUGUCUAAUCCUUCUCUAUAUCAGUCUUGUUCUUUUGAAUUAAGAAUUACAAUCAACAGUUGUUUUACAUUUCACGUGUUCCGUCUACUACAUUUCCAUUCUUGACCAAAUGUACAUGUUCACUUUCACAGUCAGGACCUUAUUGUAGAUAAACGUGUAAGGAUGAGUCAAACAUUUUGUUUGUAUUGGAUGUCUGUUUUUAACUACUUGUGGCUAUAACAGUCUUGUUUCUGCAAUGAACUUUCAACUUCAUUCUGUUUAGUAAUUUUCCUGUUGUUACAUAUGGUUCUUAUUCAUCCUCUGUUGUGCAUGAGAGACAGAGUCUCUGUUUACUGUAUAUUUAUGACAAAUAAAGCUUUGUUUCCUGAUAACAA